CUGGAUUCAGUGAGAGCUGAGGAACAAAUCACUUUCAGCAGAAACCGUGAACUAAGAGUCAUUAAAGCUUUCUGACGCAGCUGCAGCGAUCUUCUGAGGAGAGGGGAGCAGUUCACGUCGUGACUAAGUUUUGAAUCAAGCAGGAAUAUCUGGAGGAGUAUCAUCUGAACUGAGAUCUGCUGCUGUGAAGAUGAUGUUUAUUAAAGAAGAGAGUGAAGAGAACACGAGUGAACCAGAAACCUGCAGAAUAAAACACGAGGAGCCAGAAACCUGGAGAAUAAAACACGAGGAACCAGAAACAUGGAGAAUAAAACACGAGGAACCAGAAACAUGGAGAAUAAAUCACGUGGAGCCAGAAACCUGGAGAAUAAAACACGAGGAACCAGAAACACUGAGAAUAAAACACGAGGAACCAGAAACCUGGAGAAUAAAUCACGAGGAACCAGAGACCUGGAGAAUGAAAGACGGGGAACCAGAAACCUGGAGAAUAAAACACGAGGAACCAGAAACAUGGAGAAUAAAACACGAGGAACCAGAAACAUGGAGAAUAAAACACGAGGAACCAGAAACCUGGAGAAUAAAACACGAGGAACCAGAAACAUGGAGAAUAAAACACGAGGAACCAGAAACCUGGAGAAUAAAUCACAAGGAACCAGAAACACUGAGAAUAAAACACGAGGAACCAGAAACCUGGAGAAUAAAACACGUGGAGCCAGAAACCUGGAGAAUAAAACAUGAGGAACCAGAAACCUGGAGAAUGAAAGACGGGGAACCAAAAACAUGGAUAAUAAAUCACAUGGAGCCAGAAACAUGGAGAAUGAAAGACGAGGAACCAGAAACCUGGAGAAUAAAACACAAGGAACAAGGAGAGUUUAUUGAAGAAAGUGAGGAGCACGAAGAAUUGAGUAAAGAUGAGGAGAAACAUCAUGUCAAAACUGGAGAAAAACCUUUGAGUUGCUCUCAAACCAAACAGAAAGAUUUAAAGAAAAUAAGAGCCAAGACAUCUUUCACCUGCACUCAGUGUGGAAAGAGUUUGAGAAGAAAAAAUAGGCUUGAAGUUCACAUGAGAAUUCACACUGGAGAGAAACCUUAUAAGUGUUCACACUGUGACAAGAGAUUCAGGGAUCCAUCAAGACUGAAAACACAUGAGAAGAUCCACACUGGAGAGAAACCGUACAAUUGUGAUCAGUGCGGGAAGAGUUUUGCACGAAAAGAAAUCUUUAUGACACAUAUGAAAAUUCAUACAGGAGAGAAACUGUACACAUGUAAUCAAUGUGGAAAGAGUUUGAAAUCUAAACAUAGUCUUGAGCGUCACAUGAGCAUUCAUACUGGAGAGAAACCAUACCAUUGUGAUCAUUGCGGGAAGAAUUUUGCAUGGAAAGAAAUCCUUAUAAAACAUAUGAGAAUUCAUACAAGAGAGAAACUGUACACAUGUAAUCAAUGUGGGAAGAGUUUGAAAUGCAAAUAUAGUCUUGAGCUUCACAUGAGAGUUCAUACUGGUGAGAAACUGUACACUUGUGAUCAGUGCGGGAAGAGUUUCACACAAUCAGUACACCUUAAGAGACACAUGAACAUCCACCCUGGAGAGAAACUGUACUCAUGUGAUCAAUGUAGCAAAAGAUUUUUAAGAGCUUCAGACUUGAAGCAGCACCUGAAAGUUCAUACAAAGGAGAAGCCACAUUCAUGUAGUUUGUGUGGAAAGAGUUUUUCACGUUUUUCAGUUUUGAAUGAACAUCAGAAAACACAUACUGGUGUGAAAGAGUACAUGUGCUUUGACUGUGAAAAGACUUUUAUUUCAGCAAAGUGUUUAAGACAGCACCAGAGGAUUCACACUGGAGAGAAACCUUACAACUGUUCACACUGUGACAAGCGAUUCAAUCAUUCAUCAAACCUGAAAAGACAUGAGAGAAUCCACACUGGAGAUAAACCCUAUCACUGCACUGAAUGUGGGAAGUGUUUCUAUCGUUCAUCUGGUCUACACAGACAUACAAAAAACAAUCAUGCAAAUUGUUUAAAAGAGCAUGAGAGGAUCCACACUGGAGAGAAACCUUACAAGUGUUCACACUGUGACAAGAGAUUCAGUGUGUUAGGAAAUCUGAAAAGACAUGAGAGGAUCCACACUGGAGAGAAACCUUAUAAGUGUUCACACUGUGACAAGAGAUUCAGUGUGUUAGGAAAUCUGAAAAGACAUGAGAGGAUCCACACCGGAGAGAAACCGUAUCACUGCACUGAAUGUGGGAAGUGUUUCAGUUGUCCAUCUGCUCUACACAUUCAUACAAAAAACAAUCAUAAGUUGAUUGAAGAAAACGAGGAGUAUAAAGAAUCAAGUGAAGUUGAGGAGAAACAUCAUGUCAAAACUGGAGAAAAACUUUUCUUUUUUUGAGAGUUCCUCUCAAACAAAACAGAAAUAUUUAAAGAAAAGAAGAGCCAAGAAAUAUUUCAUCUGCAUUAAGUGUGGAAAGAGUUUGAAAAGCAAUACAAGUCUUGAGCAUCACAUGAGAGUUUAUACUGGAGAGAAAUCAUUCACAUGUGAUCAAUGUCGGAAGAGUUUCACACAAUCAGCAAAUCUAAAGGAACACAUGAAGAUACACACUGGAAAAAGCAACUUUUUUUGUUUGAGUUGAUAAAUCUAAAACUGACACUUUAU